CAAACAGAUGACGUACGAAUCGAACGUUAUAAAAUUAUAAUUAAUGAUGUCUGCAAAAUUAUAAAUAGCUAAUACGGCGACCGAAAAACUAAAGCUCAAACUUUAAGUGUCCCAUAUACGGUUUGCAGCUAACCUGUCUGUGACAUACUGUCGAGUCGAACGUGUAAAAAUGAAGACUCUAAUUAUCAUUUAUUGCUGUAGUACUGCGUUCUCGGUUUUACAGGUAAUAUUUUACGUUUAAAUACUCGUGUCAUAAUCCAUUUUAAACGGAAGUGAAACUUAUACACAAUGAUUGGUGUAGGUAUACUUAACGUUAUAACACUGUAUCUGCUCAAUAUAAAACAUCAUAACUAAUAUUGAAAUAUCUGUUUGAUUCGUUGACUGGUUCAGUAAGUAGAUACCUGUAGUCUAGAUCUUGGUAUAUACAUAUGCCUAGAAAUAGCUAAUGAGUGAAGGUUAUAAUAUUUUACGUCAGCUAAAUCAAUCACAUAACUUUAUAUAGAAUCCUAAAUGCGCGGAAUACAAUAUAAAAAGAUAAAUCCUAUUAAAUUGUGUUACAAUAUAUGUGUACGUUUAUUUUAACAACCAUGUUAUAGUUAUUUAGGUAGCAUAAAAAUAAUUUUACCACCUGAAGAUAUUUAUGAUUAAUCAUAAAAAAAUACUAUCCACCGUGAAGUUAGGUUUUAAUUACUAAGGUAUUAUUAUUAACAUUAACAAUAUAUUACAUAUGUAUCUGGUAUAUGUAUUUCAGUUGUGUGUAUAAGAGAAUUUUACUUAUACUGAUAAUUGAAAUAUUAAAAUGGAGAAAUCAAAUCCGUACCUUGUUUGUUUAUAUCUCGUAGACUACUGAUUAUAAUUUGUUCUAUAAGAGUGUUAUUUAAAUAUUAGGAUUAUUCCUUUGUGUACAAAAAUGAAAAAAAAAGGAAAACAGUAAACUUUAAAAAAAAAUAGGUAGGUAUACAUUUUGUUUUGUUCAAUGAUGACUAUAUAUUUUAUAAUUGUUUCUCAGUAAAAAGUAUAUAAAUGUCUAAUAAAUAACAAAAGGCACAUUAAUGUUCUUAGACCUUUCUUUUUGAGUUUUAUUAAAGAUCCAUAUUUUAUAAUUACAACGCUCAACAAUUUAUGAAUAUUGCAACAUCGUAUAUCAUGACAAUUUUAUUUAUCAUUUUCGAUAAAUUAAUAUUCAUUUAAUAGGUCUUAGUUAAUUAUUUGGUAUAGAUACACAUGCAUAAUCUUAUUGUUGUACAUGGAAUACACCGGUAGUACAUAAAAUAUUUGAACGAAAAAUAACAAAUCAUAACAUUUGUAAUGUUUUUAAUUUUGUUUUUAGAUACUAAAUGUCGAUGGAACAGAAGUAACAUCAACUUUCCAAGAAUCGACGAUUUCGUCUACAAACAGUACAAACGACGGAUUGGUAAACGAAAAUUUUCGACCCUCUCCUCCUCCCGGAAACUUAACCUUUUUAUACACAUACGCGUACAUCGUACUGACAUGCUCCGUUUAAAAUUACACAUUAUCAUUUUCUCUUAUUAAUUGUGGUAUUUUAGAUCCUGAGUAGAACGAGAAAUUUAUUCGUUUUACUAUGAUAUGUGCUUAUUUUUUUUUCUGACUGUGAACAACUUUUUAACCAGAAUUCAUGUCCCCAAUAAAAAAAUACCUAGAAAUCUUUUUUGUUUCAUUUUGGAUCUAGUUGGUACAUUAGGGAGGUAAUUUGUUGAGUUUCAAAGCAAUUUUCGUAGUAACUGAGAAAAAACAAGGUAUACGAAAAACGGACAAAUUUAUGGCAACAAAAAUUUCUUUCUUUUGAUUAUUUUCGAUUUUGUUUUUCUACAAGAAAUCUUGUAACAAAGUAGUAAAAAUUAGUAUCUUUUCUGAAAGAAAAUUUUGACUAUAGUAAUUUAAAGACUAGGUCGUUUUUUUUUUUAUUGUAGUUUUCUCUCAAUGACUGGGGAAAAUGAAAAAAAAAAACCGUAAGAAAAACGGGCACAUUUACGUUUACGGAAAUAAAGAUUUCAUUAUUUUUUUUUUUUUGUAAUUUAGUUUAAAAUAAUCUGAUCUGUAAUUUUUAGAAAGCACUUAAAUAAGCCUUUUGUAAACAUGUGUUAAAUAUGUUUAAAAUAUAUUGGGCAUUUUUAAGCUAUUUAUACAAAUUUGCCAUUUUCGUGUUUUUUUUUAAUUUGCUAUUUGAUUUAAUGUGGAUAAAAUUGUUUAGUCAAACAGAAAGGCUUGAAAAUUUAAUACAUGAUUCAUUAUUAGUUAAGUUUAGUGGUUAAAAAAAAAAAAGUUAAACGACAUCUAGUAAUGGUUUUUUAUAAGCGUAUUACAACUAAAUUUUGACUAUGAUUAGAAAAAUUAUGGCAUUUCAAAUCUUGCAUAACUGAAUUUCGCUCAAAAUCGUUUGUUUUUUUUUAAAUUUGUUUUAUCAAUCGUGUAGUUUUAAAAUAGGUAUCUUAAAUUAUAAAAUAUCAUCUUUUGACCCCAUAUACUUUUUUAAUUUUACAUUCUAAACCAAACAUUUUUCUACUGAUAAAGAAAAAGACAUAAAAAGUUAUAUUAUUUAUUAUUAUUGUACUUUUAACGAAACUUCUAUUAUUCGUUUAUUAUUUACAAGCAUUAAUAUUUACAAGAAAUCUCAAAUGCCAAGUUGAAUUUCGGUGAAUUCAAACUUAUUUUUUUGUUUCGUAGUACAAUUACUAAUUAUUAUUAAAUUUACUUGUAUAUUACACUUAAUACAAUAUACAAUGUAUAUUACAUAGUAUACGAUUUUAUAAUUUCUAUAAACAAUUAUCACUUUUUUAUUAUUUGUUGUUUACUACUUUUUACUCUUUUUGGUAUUUUAUAAUUUUAUAUUUGUAGGUUACCGAAAUUACUGAAAACGUACAACAAAACGUAUCUUCAAUAUCACCUCCAGGGGAGUUAAAAAAAAUUAGAAGAAAAUGUAACCGCGCAAGCGUCGUUGAUAAUCAAUUAGAUGAAACUUUAACGAGCAACAAUGCGCUGAGAAAUGGCACUGAACAACUGAUAAUCACUAACGGUCAAAAAGAGGAAAAUAGCACUGAUCAGCUGUCAAUUGCUGGUGAUCAACAGAAGGUCGACGAUUCACUUCAUUUAAAACUAUUCAAAAGACAACAAAGUAACAAUGAUAGUGAUGAUACAGGAACUAAUUUUAGAGUGUCGUCGUCAAGUUCAGACUUGGGAUUAAAUUCAGAUAACAUUAUGGGGUUAGGAUCUACGGUAUCUUCGGUGUUACCUACCUUUGGAAUUAACGCUCAACUACCCUCAAUUUCCAGCACUAUGACACCGCCUAGUUUUAAAGUUAACACAAAUAUGGGUGGAUCGUCAAGUACAUCAUCAAGUAGUAGUGGAACAGACGGUCAAAUAGGUGUUGAAUUUGGUGGAAUGGGGGGAAUGGGAGAAAUUAGUGCUUCGGGUAAAAUGGGAGAAAUGAGCGCUUCAGGUGGGAUAGGAGGAAUGAGCGCUUCGGGUGGGAUAGAAGGAAUGAGUGGAAUAGGUGGCUCGAUGGGUUUUGGUGGUUCGGGUGGUAUGGGCGGAAUGGGUGGAAUGGGUGGAAUGGGUGGUUCGAUGGGUUUUGGUGGUUCGGGUGGAAUGGGCGGAAUGGGUGAAAUGGGUGGAAUGGGUGGUUCGAUGGGCUUUGGUGGUUCGGGUGGAAUGGGUAAUAUGGGUGGAAUGGGUGGUUCGGUGGGUUUUGGUGGUUCGGGUGGAAUGGGUGGAAUGGGUGAGAUGGGCGGAAUGGGUGGUUCAAUGGGUUUUGGUGGUUCGGGGGGAAUGAGCGGAAUGGGUGGGAUGAACGGAAUGGGUGGUUCAGUAGGCAUGGGUAGAUUUGGUGGUCCAGGUGGCCCCGGUGGUCCUGGUGGUCCCAGUGGAAUGAGCGGAAUGAGUGGAAUGAACGGAAUGAAUGGUUCAGUAGGCAUGAGUAGGUUUGGUGGUCCCGGUGGCCCCGGUGGCCCUAGUGGCCCCGGUGGUCCUAGUGGUCCUGGUGGUCCUGGUGGUCCAGGUGGUCCUGGUGGUCCAGGUGGUCCUGGUGGUCCAGGUGGUCCCGGUGGACCGAAUGGAUUCGAUAUAUCAGGUAGAUAUGGAAUAGGCAGAUACGGUAGAAUGGGUCUAUCAUUACCCAAUGUUAAUGGCCAGGUUGGGAUUAGUAGUGAUAACGGAAUGGGUGUCACUGUUGGAUAUGGUGGAAGAAGGAGAAUGCUACGUCGCCCACGAAUCAGUGGUGAAUUACAAAUGAAUGGAACACCAAUCACAGUAUCGUAUAAUGCGAGUACGAAAUAAUUAAAUUAUGAUUUAUUUUUUGUUUGUUUUUUUAUUCGUUUAUUCAAAAGAAGAUUGGCCUUUUGAUGUAUACCUGAAUUGAUAUUAUAAUAAUUAUUAUUAUUAUUAUUAUUGUAUUCGACACUUAACAUCAAUAAAUAUAAGUCCAUUAUUCCU